AUUAAUACUAAUUCGAUCGUGUGUGAUAGACAGAUUUUCUAGAGUUGGCUAUGUAAAUGUAGGCACCUAGUAGUGAUAUUGUAGCUACAUUUGUUGUCAAGUAGAAUCCCUAUUAUUCAAGCUAUCUUGUUACAGUGCAUGCAUGCAUAUAAUGGGAGCAGCAGAAAGCAACCCCGAAAGCCCAAGUCGUGUGUGGAACACGACCCCUAUAAACCUUGUUAACAAUGCAACGCUCAACAACAACAGUGUGGAUCCAUUAAGCAGCUUCAUACAGCACACCAACAGCUCUGCUAGCUACUCCAUUGGCCCCUCUCCAACCCUCAAUAGAGGCCCAAGAGCAGCUUUUGAUAAACGCACACUAGGAUCUGACUUUGUGGAUGUGGAUGCUAUGGAAGCUCUUACUAUGGAACAAAUGGAGAAGAGGUUUCUGGAGAUAGUGGAAUCUAUGGACCUCCCUAACGACAAGCGUCAAGUGGUAAUGGGCUCGUCUGAAGAGAAAAAAUGGCAGAUGGUGCGAGACUUCACCCGCCGACGUCGCCAGGUUCCCCCGCACGAGUAUCUGAACAAACUGAAACAAGUGACAGAGGGCGACCCUUCUUGGAGGGUGAGGAGAAAGAUAGUGAUGUCAUCAACUGUGCAGAAUCUACAGGGUCUGGAGAUAUCACUAAGGACUAAUAAUAUCAGCUGGGUGCAGGAGUUCUUAGAUUUACGGAACAGUGGACUGUCAGUGCUGGUUCGCUACAUGAAGAUGAGGUACACGCUUGAGCAAAGUCACGGCCACCAGACACAAUCCCCCAGCAGUCCUGUGAGCCGUCAACUCACGAAAACCAAGAGCGUAGACGCUGGGACAAUGCUGAACGGGUCCUCCCCGCCACGACAUCACUCUCCUCUCAUGUCUCGUCGGAAUGGUGGUGGGCGCAGUGACUCCUCCUCUGACAUACACAUCUGUGUACUCUGCCUCAGGGCGCUCAUGAACAACUCCCAUGGAUUUGCGGCCCUGAUGAAGGACACUGCUGCUCUCACCACAAUGGCCCUCUCCAUGUUCUAUGGCACUCACCGGACGGCUAUAGCUGUGAUUGAGCUCCUAGCAGCCGUGUGUCUGGUAAAGGGUGGUCACAUCAAGAUAAUGGAAUCAGUGGACAACUUCAAGAAGGAAAACAACGAGCAAUAUCGGUUUGAGAAGCUAGUCCAUUAUUUCAUGGAGCCCACAGCAAGUGCUGAAUUCCAAGUGGCUUGUAUGACCUUCAUCAACGUGUUUGUGCAUUCUGCUGAAGACAUGAACUUCAGGGUGCACCUGCAACACGAGUUCACCCUGCUCGGACUUGACGACUUUAUUGAGAGACUCAAGUCCUCAUCGUCGGUAGCUCCGAACCUCCUCUCGCAGAUCUCAGCCUAUCAGGGAAACUUCUUCCACGUGGAGAGUCUGAUAGAGGAUUCAAAGACAAAGGUGGACGCUCUGUCCUCUGUGGAACAAACCAAGUCUCAAAUGGCGGAGCUCCAAGAGAAACAUGAGGCUGCAGAGUUCCAGUCACUCAAGAGAAUUGCUGACCUGGAGAAGAAGUUAUCAGAUUUGAACAAAACUGUCAAGGAGGCACAAACUGGAACAUUACCUCCUUCGUUGGAUGCCCCUCCCCCUCCUGGAGCACCCCCUCCACCCCCACUCCCCGGAGGUGCCCCACCCCCUCCACCACCGCCCCCUCCUGGACUGCCGGGUGCCCCCCCACCACCACCCCCUCCACCAGGAGGGCCGGGAGCACCACCACUUCCACCCCUGGGAGGAAAGUUCGGAAUCCGCGGGGGUAAGAGGAAGAUUGAGACCAAGUAUCGACUGCCCCUACUCAACUGGUCCAGUAUCCCGGCCACCCAGAUCGCAGGCACUGUCUUCACUGAAAUGGACGAUGAGAAAAUCAUCAAACUGAUCGAUUUUACCGAGUUUGAGGAGACCUUCAAGCUGAACACACCCGCUAAUAAUGAGCCUGACGGAGAGGGAGUCAAGCCAGAGCCCACCCCCCGCAAGAAGACGGUGCAGAAGGAAGGGCUACUGGACACCAACAGAUCUCAGAACGUUGCCAUUGCACGGAGGAAGAUUACGUGUUCUUCAGAGGAGCUCAAAGAUGUCAUCACACAGAUGGACUUGGAACGUCUGCCAGUGGAUUUGGUGGAGAUCCUAAACAAAGUGACUCCCAACGAAGACGAGGUUAAGAAGUUUGGUCAGUUCCAGAAAGACAAGAAAGACGCGAAGACACUGCCAGACAAUGACCGGUUUGUGUUUGAGUUGUACAGAGUGGAGAGGUUACAAGCACGACUGAAUGUGAUGAUCUUCAUGGGCAACUUUGAGGAGGACAUUGGUAUUCUAAUCCCUCAAAUUGAUGCAGUGAUAGCAGCCUCUAAAUCUGUGACUUCUUCAGACCACUUUAAGAAAGUCUUGGAGAUAAUUCUAGCGUUUGGCAACUACAUGAACAGCAGUAAGAGGGGUGGAGUGUACGGGUUCAAGGUGGCCUCUCUGGACAUGCUGCGUGAUUCUAAGGCCCCUAGUGACCACACAGUAACACUGAUGCACUACGUAGCGGGAGUGAUACGAGACAAGUUCCCCUUGCUGUUAGGAUUUGUCCAUGAGCUCACCUACCUGGAUAAGGCUGCACCUGUCUCUCUGGACCUACUCAUGGCCGACUUCCGUCAGAUCAGUAAAGGCAUAAAGGAGGCGACUGGAGAGCUCAUCAACAAUAAACAGAACACUGCCCUCAAGACCUUCUGUCUGGAGGCAGAGCCUAAGGUCACCAAGCUGGAGAAAGGAUUGGAGACUGCCAAGGAGGCGUUCGGAGAAGUUGUGCAAUACUUUGGAGAAAAUGCUAAACUGAGUCAACCCAACUCCAUCUUCCCCGUUCUGCACAGAUUCGUCACAAACUUCAGAAAAGCAGACAGUGAAAACCUUGCCAAGAUAGCCAUCAGACAAGCUCAACUGUGUGUAUUACCUUGCGUGGAUGACACUUCCUUAUCAGAGGAUGAUCAGGGUGUGGACGUACUGCCUCAGAUCUACGACGGAGCUAUUGAAGAGAUCAUUUCCGGUAUGAAGAACACUGCAUACAGACCGGCCAACUACAGACGUAACACAUUACGUAAGCAUGGCAACUCUACGUCGUCCAAUCAGGUGGCAGCACCCUCACCACAUGAUGAACUUCUCAAGUCCCUACAGAGAAGAACUAAAGCUAGAGAGGACAAUUACGGUGCCAAUAGACCAUGGCUGAAAUAAUCUGUAUAGCUAGCUAAAAUCAUUUCAUUCACCGUUAUUGUCUUCUGUACAUUUUGUGUUUCUUUGCUCAAUUCAUAUAAUUAUACAUGUAAUAAAAUGUAUUGUAUGUUCGUUGAUGACCCAUG